AUGGACGAAACUGGUAUGCAGUUUGAUUAUCGCCCUGAAAAAAUAAUUGCUAAAAAAGGAGUAAAGUAUCUACAUAGUCGUACUUCAGGUAAUCGGGAAACGAUUACUGUUAUAGCAUGCUUUAAUGCAACCGGUAACUCUAUUCCUCCACAUUUUAUAGUAAAAGGAAAAACUAUAAGAUCUCUGUGCAAUUUUCAAAUUGAAAAUGCCCCUGAAGGAAGCACAUGGAGUGUUUCAGACAGUGGUUGGACAAAGCAGGGCAUUGCGUUUCUCUGGUUUACAAAGUCAUUUCUUCCAAAUAUUGGUUCUGACAGACCUCAGUUACUUAUUUUAGAUGGACAUGACUCACACAACUUUGUUGAGUUAUUAGAUGUGGCUGUGGCAAACAAAAUACACAUUGUUGAAUUUGCUUGCGCACACUUCCAACUGGCUACAACCUUGUGA